CCUCCCAUCCGACGCUCCGUACGCCUCGAAGGGUUUUCUUCGGCUGAGCGCCCUCUGUGUGUGUGUGCGCGUGCGCUGUGCCGGUUCUCAUGGCGUGACGGAGCUAGGGUUCGUCGGGAGGAGCUCGCAAUCGCGACAAUUCGGCUCGGCGUCGAGGUAUUUCGCGGGCGCGCGGCUCGCGCAUUUUGGAAAAUCUCUGGCCGGGAUCUGUUGACUAGCGCGAUCUGCAAUUCUAUGGUGUGGAAUUCGGUGCUGCGUAGCUGCUAGCGGGAUUUGUGAGGCAGGAUCCGGAAUUUCAGAAGCGAAUUUCUCCCAAUCACCAUGGGAUCGUUCGGUCUCGAGUCACUCCCGGUUCUCCUGUCCGAUGUGUCGUCGCUGGUUUUGGUGCUGGCGGUAUCCGCCAGUGCCUUGAUAGUAUCGAUCGUUUUGUUGUUCUGGAGGAAUGCUCCGGCCAAGAAGGAGGAAGAGAAGAAGAUGUUUAAAAAGCCAACGAUUGAAGUGGAAACCGAGGACGACGAUCCCGACAAGAAGAAAGUUUCUGUUUUCUUCGGUACCCAAACAGGGACUGCCGAAGGCUUUGCCAAGGCUAUCGUAGAAGAAGCGAAGACAAGGUAUGACAACUCGAAGGUCGUGUUCAAGCUUGUAGAUUUGGAUGAAUACGCUCCAGAAGAUGACAUGUACGAGCAGAAGUUGAGAAAGGAGACGCUUGUGAUUUUUGUGAUGGCCACAUACGGCGAUGGAGAACCGACGGAUAAUGCUGCUCGCUUUUACAAAUGGUUUGUCGAGGGGGAAGAGAAAGAACCGUGGCUGGGAAACUUAAGCUACGCUGUUUUUGGUCUAGGAAACAGGCAAUAUGAGCACUUCAACAAGGUUGCAGUGGAAGUCGACGAAGCAUUGGAGAAGCAAGGUGCAAAGCGGCUACUGAAAUGCGGUCUUGGUGACGAUGAUCAGUGUAUUGAGGAUGAUUUUACGGCCUGGCGUGAGCAAUUGUGGCCCGAGCUUGAUGUGCUACUGCGUAGCGAAGAUGAAACCGGCUCUGCGACCCCUUACAUGGCUGCAAUUCCUGAAUAUCGUGUGGUUAUUCAUGAAGGAGGCACAAAGGCUUAUGAGAAGGUCGCAAGGAACGGCGAAUCUCUGUGUGACAUAAGCCAUCCUAUCAGAUCUCCUGUUGCUGUCCGGCGUGAGCUUCACACGCCCUUAUCGGAUCGCUCGUGCACUCACUUGGAGUUCGAUAUUUCUUACACCGGCUUGACAUAUCUCACUGGGGAUCACGUGGGAGUUUUUGCUGAAAACCAAGAUGAUGUUGUAGAAGAGGCGGCUAAAGUACUUGGAUAUUCGCUAGACACAAUCUUCACACUGCACGGUGACAACGAGGAUGGGUCACCCCUUUCAGGUGUGCCUCCUCCUUUCAUGGGGCCGAUCACAAUGAAGGCGGCUCUUCAACAGCAUACCGAUCUGCAAAAUCCUCCUCGAAAGGCAGUACUUUCCGUUCUUGCUGCCUAUGCCUCCGAUCCGGAGGAGCAAGAGCGACUGAAACACUUGCAGUCGCCACAAGGAAAGGUGUGUUUUCAAACUUUUACUCCUUAUUUUACUAACUUGUGGCUACAGGACGAAUAUUCUCAAUAUAUUGCUGCAAGCCAGAGAAGUCUUAUUGAAGUUUUGCAAGAUUUUCCAUCGGUAAAAUUGCCCAUUGGUGUCUUCUUUGCUGCGGUAGGGGCCCGGUUGCAACCGAGAUACUACUCCAUUUCAUCGUCUCCCAGGUUUUCGCCGAGUCGGAUACAUGUCACUUCUGCUUUAGUGUAUGUAAAAAGUCCAACUGGUCGAUUACAUCGAGGUGUUUGUUCUACAUGGAUGAAACAUGCAACAGCGUCGGAAGAAACAGGAAAUGACUGCAGUUGGUCACGUAUUUUUGUCAGGCAAUCUACGUUCAAGUUGCCGUCAAAGUCCACUGUUCCUAUAGUGAUGAUUGGACCUGGAACAGGCUUAGCUCCUUUUAGAGGUUUUUUGCAGGAAAGGGCUGCCCUCCAAGAAUCUGGCGAGCAGCUGGGAACUGCGAUUCUUUACUUCGGCUGCAGGAACCGGAAACAAGAUUAUAUAUACGAGGAGGAGCUUGCAAGAUACCGGGAGACGGGCAUUAUCACAGAUUUGUACGUAGCAUUCUCAAGGGAAGGCCCGACGAAAGAGUAUGUGCAGGACAUCAUGAUGAAGAAGGCAAACCAGUUGUGGGACAUAAUCUCCAGCGACGGAUAUAUUUACGUCUGUGGAGAUGCAAAAGGAAUGGCAAAGGACGUGCACCGCACACUCCACACGAUAGUCCAGGAACAGGGCUCGUUGGACAGCUCCAAAACAGAGGCUUUUGUCAAAAAGCUCCAGAUGGAUGGCCGCUAUUUGAGAGACGUGUGGUAACAGCAGCUAGGAAGUAAACAAAAGGAUACAUCGAAACGAUGUAAGAUUUUGGCGCUCGUUCGUCGAUUCUUUCCACGGAUUAUGCUAUGUUUCUCUUUUUUUUUUUUAUAAUGUAGACAGGCGCUUGAUGUAGAAGGUGGCCGAGUUGAGUUGGCCGCCCAUGAAAAAAGGAUAACAUCAUAUUGGCUGAUGGGAGAUCCUGUUGGCUUGUUUGU